AUAGAAAUUCAGUCGCAUUGACCGACAACUUGUUGGACCGAUUUAGGAGAAAGUUCUUGGAAGGAUGAAAUCGGAUAAGCGGUGGAGGUGGCACAGGCAGAAGUAUGUAAUGGCGUUUGUAUACAUAGAAUUCGAUCAGAUCCCAUAAAAGAAAAAAGAGAAAUGGCAGGUGAAGAUAAUUGCGCGACCAUAACAAUAGAAGAAGGCUGGCCUAUUCUGCAGGAUGGAAUCAACAAGUUAAUCGACAUUGUUGAAGGCGUCAAUGACUUCAGUUUCACUUCUGAAGAGUACAUGAAUCUCUACACAACUGUAUACAAUAUCUGUCAGCCAAACCCAACUGGUCCUGAAUGUCGAAGACUUUAUGAAAAACAUAAUGCAAUUUAUGAAGAUUAUAUCUCUUCCAGGGUCCUGCCUUCUUUGAUGGGAAAGAAGGAUGAAAGCUUGUUGCAAGAAGUUGUGAAAAGAUGGAAAAACCACAAAAUUAUGAUAAGAUGGACUUGUAGAUUCUUUCACUACCUUGACAGAUACUUUGUUCCUUGUAAACAUGUGCCCACUUUGCAAGAAGCCACCAAUUCCAUCUUCCGCAAGCUGGUACUUGAAGAACAGUCGAUCAAUGGGGUUGUUAAUGAAUUGAGGGACUCAUUAAUGUCUAUGAUUGAUAGGGAACGCAAUGAUGAGGAAAUUGACCGAGUUUUGGUGAAGAGCGUCAUUGAUAUGUUUAUGGAGAUGGGGGAAGAGAAAUAUGAGAAGGAUUUCGAAAAAGACAUGUUGAAAAACACCCACAAAUUUUAUUCUUUCAAAGCGUCUAAGUGGAUUGAUUCGAUUGAAUCCUACAAAGAUUACAUGAUUAAGGUUGAAGAAUGCUUGAAACGAGAGGAAGAGAGGGUCGACUUCUAUUUGGAAAAGAGGACAGAAAAGAAGUUGUUGGAGGCUGUGGAGUAUGAGCUUAUGUCUGUUCAUGCAAUCAAAUUGGAAAAAAAGAAACAUGCCAGCUAGACGCAGUGAGUAUGUUUUUCUCAAUUUGGCUAAUUGUGUUACAAUACCAAAUUAUAAUAUACAAUUGGCAUAACCAAAGAUGAGAAAAAUAGAAGAAUGGCCUAAAUAAGAAUAGAAACCCUAAUGAUUC